AUGAGCCUCCGAGGAGGAACCCGAUCCUUGCAAGGAGCAGCUGAGGGAGCCAAGUCUGCGCACGGCUUCGACUACGAUUACUUUGUCAUCGGUGGAGGAAGCGGGGGGGUGCGAUCGUCGAGGAUCGCCGCGUCUCAUGGGGCGAAGGUAGCGCUAGUAGAGUCGGUGAGACUCGGCGGAACAUGCGUGAACGUGGGCUGUGUGCCCAAGAAGCUCAUGGUCUACGGCUCGCACUACCCUCAUGACCUCGAAGACGCAAAGGCGUACGGAUGGGACAUGACGGAACCGAAGCUGAACUGGCAGCGGAUGAUCGAGAACAAGAACAAGGAGAUCGCACGGUUGAACGGGAUCUACGAGAGGAUGUUGAAGAACGCUGGGGUGGAGGUGAUUCAGGGCAGAGGCACGCUGGUGGACAAACACACUGUAGAUGUAGAUGGGAAGAAGUACACGGCUGACAAGAUCCUGGUUGCUGUCGGUGGUUGGCCGUCUCUGCCGAAAAUCCCGGGGAUUGAGCAUGCCAUCACCUCUAAUGAGGCCUUCUUCCUCAAGGAAAGGCCCCAGCGCGUCAUCGUUGUCGGAGGUGGAUACAUCGCUAUCGAGUUUGCGGGCAUCUUCAACGGGUAUGGUUCCCAAGUCACCCAGCUGUACAGGGGCGACUUGUGGCUCCGAGGGUUCGACAAGGACGUGCGGGAGCACCUUGUGAACGAGUAUAAGGAGCAGGGCGUCGACGUCCGUUUCAACUCCAACAUCGCCAAGAUCGAGAAGAGUGGAGACGGCCUCAAGGCGACGCUGGAAGAUGGCUCGGUCCUCGAUGCUGACGUCAUCAUGUACGCAACCGGCAGAUCGCCAAGGACGAAGGAUCUUGGAUGUGAGAAGGUCGGUGUGGAGCUGGACAAGAACGGAGCCAUCGUGGUCAACGAAGGCUUCCAGACUUCAGUCGAGAACAUCUACGCCGUCGGUGACGUCAUCAAUCGCAUCCAGCUCACCCCCGUGGCUCUGGCUGAGGGCCACUGCCUCGCCGAUACUCUGUUCGGUGGAAAGCCGCGCAAGACCGACUACUCCGACGUCCCAACCGCUGUCUUCAGCCAGCCUUCUAUCGGGACUGUUGGCCUGACGGAGGAGCAGGCGCGCGAGAAGUACGGAGAGGUUCACAUCUACAAGACCUCGUUCCGAGCCAUGAAGCACACGCUGACUGGCCGUCAAGAGAAGACCUUCAUGAAGCUCAUUGUCCACCCUGAGACUGACAAGGUUCUCGGUGUGCACAUGGUCGGGGAUGCCGCUGGGGAGAUCAUACAGCUGGCGGGCGUUUGCAUGAAGGCUGGAGCAACCAAGGCGGACUUUGACAACACCAUCGGUGUUCACCCAACGUCUGCGGAGGAGUUUGUCACUCUCAGAACCCGCUUCGGAGCCUAA